UUGGUGAUCCGCUCGUUCCGCUUCCGCAUAAUCCGCUCCAUGGGACCGCACCCUAAGUCGAUGGUGUUUACAUCAUUAAAAGGUACAAAAGGGAUUAGCUUUUUUAGAUUCCCAAAAGACAUAGUAAGAGCUGAGCUAUGGUUAAAAUUUUGUAAGAGACAAAUAAACAUACCACUAGAAAAAUUAUGCAAUAAUUACAGGAUUUGUAGUGAACAUUUUACUGAUGUAAUGUUUUUAAACAAUUUAAGAAAUAGACUUCAACCACACGCAAUUCCAACCAUAAAUGUAUUAGAUAACUCGGAACCUUUAUCAGAAGCCUUACAUGAUAAAUAUAUAGAAACAGAAGAAAACGUCAAUGGAAUAAGUACAUGUGGAAUAUCUGAAACACAUAUAGAAAAUGAAAUGAUUAAUAUUGAUAAUGAAUGUAUAUUUGUAAAAAAUAAAACGCAAGAUAUUAAACGCAGACACAUUGAAAUUGUAAAUAAAGUUAUGGAGGACAAACUAACGCAAACAGAAUUGAAAUUAUCUUAUUGUAGUCCAAGAAAAAAAAAUUAAGAUGUCAAAACAUUUAUCUUCGUAAAAAAAUUAAAAGAUUACAAAGAAAAUUACAAUGUUAUAAAAAUGGAAUAAAAAAUGAAAUUACAUUUAACGAAUGGUAUUCGCAUUGUAAUAAAUUUCUUCCUCCAAAAGUAACUAAUUUUGUCAAGACUCAAGCAGAACUUCACAGACAAUCUGCAAAAGCUUUUUAGCUAAGCUAAACUGAAAUUCAGUUUAUGUGAUCUUCACCUCUAUUUGUGUUACUAUAUAUGUGUUAAGUGUGUAACAAAUUUUGCAACAUAAUAACAAUAUGUUCAAAAAGAUAAAUGUAAUUAUAUAUAUGUAUAAUUUUAUUUGUGUAUAUAAUUUUUAUUUUAAAAUAAAAAUAAAAUAUUAAUUGCAUUAAUUAUUGUGUUGUGUUAUUUAUUAUAUUAUUUAUGUAUAUAUAAAGUAUUUAUAAGAAGUUUUUAAUGUAUUUAUUUUUAUAUACAUCGAUUGUUCGACAGAUCUGCUGCAGAAAUGCAGCAGAUCUGUCGAAAUGUCAAAUUGGCAAUAAAAAGUGCGGCACCGUCGAUAGGCGGCUUACUUUCUCAGGAGUAAAAUGCAGUCAACUCGCUACAUGAAGACCACUCGCAACGCGACUAAGGUAAGCAAAAAUUAUCUUCCUUCGCUGCAACUGCGGAAGAGUCCGAUGUGACGGAAUAAUGACGCCACAUUAUAUUUUUAUGAUACAGAACUGGUAGUAUUUUCAUUUUUUUGAGAGUGAGAUUUAACUACAAAGAAAUUUAAUGAAAUUAAUUGCACCUAGAAUAGAUGAUAUACCUGCGAUAUAAAGGGAGAAAAUAGAUGGGUCAAUUGAGGCCCUCCUAUAGGAAAUAUUAGAUGCUAAGGAGAUGGUUGGUUAAAUUAUUUAAUCUGUUUUUACUCCUGAAUUAAUAAAUCUUCUUAGGAGAUUGCUUACAUCGAUUCUCAAAUAAAAUUAUAACUGUGAUAAAAGAAGAAAUGAAAAGAUUCGACAAAUCUGUCGCCAAUCUGUCAUCAUUUAUGAAUACAGAUCUGUUGCAUAUUUGGUGUAAAUCUGCUGUGAGUUUACGUUGCAACAUCUGUUCUCAAUUUGCUGCGUGAAUCUGUCAUUGUAUUGCUAGUGACAGGUCUGCUCUAAUGUUGCACCCAAUUUGAUAUCAGGAUUUGAUAACAAUUUUUGCUUGCAAUUUGGGCGCACUCGAGGACACAGUAGGCCAUGGUUUUGGCAACCUGAUUCUGCAAGAAAUUUUUAGCAGUCUGCUGACAAUUUGGCAGCAAAUGGUUAGCUGGGAU